AUGAAAUGUUGGAAUCGAUACAAUUCGAAGAUUCUACUGUCUAAAAAGGUAAAAAUACCUGAAUUCAACCAAGGGACACUUCAAUACGAACUAAUUAUUCGAUCCAACACGACAAUAAAUACGUUGGGUAAUUUUGACCUAAAAAAAAACAUUCAAGCGGUGCAACCACAAUUAGUGGAAUUGUGUGAUGUACCUCAACAUCUUAAUGCAUGCAUUAUUAUACGUGGAUACAUUAAAACGAAUUUUAAUAAAUUUCUAAAUAGUUUUAAAACAAUUGGCUGCGGAUCCAUUACAGAUAAGAUGUAUAAAUUGGAGAUACAAAUAGUAAAUUAUGAUAAUGAUGUCUACUUUGACAAGGGGCAAAUGAUUGAAAUGAAAGGAUAUGUAAAAAUUAUGAAUGACGUAUUUUAUUUGGAGAUUGAUCAUUCAACAGACAUAAAGCAAAUAGGAGAGGAAAAGUUAUCAUUUCAACAAUUAUUGUUGGGUACAAGACCAAUUGUAAAAAAAACAUCCAAUGAAGAUUUAGGAUUACCACCACGCAAAAUGAUUCGAAAUAAUGAUUCUUUUCCAUUUUAUUAA